AUGCAUUGUUUUACCUAUUAUCAUCAAAACCUUUACCUUUAACAGCAAUAUAUCCAUCAUCAGAUGCUUAUGUACAAUCAAAUGUUUAAGUAUUUAAAAUAUAAAUCUUAUAGUACUUAUAACUAUCUAAAUUAACAAGAUUAGCUUUAAGUUACCUAUAUUCCAGAUUAAAUAAAAUUUCCACACUCUUAAAAUCACAAAAAUGAGGAUACUCCUCCUAUUUAACAGUAGAAUAGCAUACCUUUGAAAAAAAAAAUAAAUAAAGUUUCAAAAAAACAUAGUGAACAUAUGAAUGAAGAAAAUAAACCAUAAAAGAAGAAAGUUUUUCUUUCUAUGUUAGACAUUAAGGAAGCAUAAUAUAAAAAGUACUUAAUAUUUAUAUAUACUCUAGAUGUAGCAAAGUUUCAAACUUAGAAGGAUUAUUUUAGAAUACAAUUUUAGGGAAUAAGAUUAAAGAAUGA